ACAACCCUCUUGGAUAACAUAGUUGUUGUAGACAAGACUGAGUUGUAAAGAUCUCAAAUGUGCAGUUUUCUGUGUAUGAUUUCAUGGCACCUUAAUUAUGGGGGGCGAAAACACAAUGGGAAAUGCCAUUUCAGGUCACAAACACCUGAAUGUUAUAAGAGUUUCAAAUAAAAAUGUUGAAUUACGUUGUAACAUUUGAAGGUGACAUCAUUUUCUUGAAUUUAUUAGCAAUAUUAUUGAGGCAUGGCUACAAUGGAGUCUUUAAUUGUGUUUGAUACAAAUGUUUGCUGCAAUGUCAACCUGCAGGCACAAACUGAAAAAAGAUGAGACAUUGCUCAGCAUGAGGCGGAAUUCAUUAAGACACUUUUACCAGAGUCAGUCAGCAGUUUUAGAAGAAAAGACUCGUUGCCUGCGGACACUGGAAACUGUGCUGGUGUACCCAGACCCUACUUCUUUCACCAGCGGCACCGUGGGGCAGUGGUCAUGAGUGCCAAAGUAGACCUAGAGGUCCUGACUGUAGGUGGAGAUGCCCCAGCUUCUGACACCCCCGACAUCGUCCCACUGGAAGAGGGUUUGCCUCAAAGACUUUGUCCGCAGACUACCACGUCCCUCGUUGUUUCAGAAGGGGGACGUGUCACACAGCAGAGUGGAGGUGGUGAAGGGGGGUGGGACUAAUGAGCCAGAAGCUUCUGCCAUGCCGUCCCAGGUGGGUGGGACCUGCAGUAUAGUCCACGUGUUGGAGUGGAAGGAAGGAAUGGCAAUUCUUCCGGGCAGCAACCUCAAGUUCCGCAUGAGCGACUCUGGCACGUUGGAAGUGGUGAGUGACAGAAAGGUGACCUGUGCCGAACCCAUGGCUGAAGCAACUGUUACAAAGGAGGAACAUCCUGAGAAAAGACCUGCCAGGAAGGUUGCUAAACCUGGCAUGUGUGAACAAAAUCAGAUUUCUCCAGGUCCAGAAACCCAGAACAAAGAAGGUGUUGCCCUUGGGCCUGUGAGUGGCUGUUCAGUACAACUGGAACAGCCUGUCAAGGAAGAGCCUAAGCCUCAGGAGGGUGCAAGCCACCACGAUGGCUUUGACCAGGAGAAGAGGUACUGCUCCGAGGAGCUGCACAGAGACUUAGCCAACAGCAAAACUGAGACAGAUGAGAAGAUGUCAAGUAGCCAGGUGACAGCCUUGGACCCAGAGCUGCUGAAGCCCAUGAAAAAGAGGAAGAGGAAGGACUAUGCAAGCCCGUCGGAGGAAGAGUCUGAGAUUGAGGCCAUGGAGGAGAAGACUGAGGACCUUAAAAUAUGCAGCUCUGCUGGCGAGAGCAAACACAACAGAUCAGCCUUUUUCUUCCCUGCAGGCCCUGCAGAGGCCAAGAAGGAGCAGUGGUCAUGGUCUCAGUUCCUGGAGGAGCAGAGGGCUGUGGUUGCCCCUCCCAAGCUUUUCCAGGAGUCUCAGAGGGUCCCACAGCGGAAGAAUGGCUUCCGGUCAGGCAUGAAGUUGGAAGGCAUUGAUCCCCAGCACCCGUCCAUGUACUUCGUGUUGACUGUGGCCGAGGUGUGUGGCUACAGGAUGAGGCUUCACUUUGACGGCUACUCCGAGUGCCAUGACUUCUGGGUCAAUGCCAAUUGUCUCGAUAUCCACCCGGCGGGCUGGUGCGAGAGAACGGGGCACAAGCUCUACACACCCAAAGGGUAUAAGGAGGAGGAAUUCUCCUGGUCCAACUACUUAAAACUUACAAAGGCACAAGUGGCCCCAAAGGAACUAUUUGUCAGCCCUGGUCGAACUGAAACACCAUGCAACUUUGAGGUGGGGAUGAAGCUAGAAGCUGUAGAUCGCAUGAAUCCAUCCCUUAUCUGCGUUGCCACAGUGACAGAUGUGGUAGACAAUCGUUUUCUUGUGCACUUUGACAACUGGGAUGACACCUAUGACUACUGGUGUGAUGCCAGCAGCCCAUACAUUCACCCCAUUGGUUGGUGCCAAGAGAGAGGCCUUCCCCUCACUCCCCCACAAGAUUACCCAGAUCCAGACAGGUUCUCCUGGGAGAGGUACCUGGAAGAAACAGGGUCUACAGCUGUAUCACCAGAGGCUUUCCAAGUGCGUCCACCCCAUGCAUUCCAGGUUAAGAUGAAGUUAGAAGCUGUGGACAAGCGAAGUCCAGCCCUGAUCCGUGUGGCCACUGUGGAAGAUAUUGACACACACAGGAUUAAGAUCCACUUUGAUGGCUGGAGUCACGUAUAUGAUGAAUGGAUGGAUGCGGACCACCCAGACAUCCACCCGGCUGGCUGGUGUGAAGAAACUGGGCACCCUUUGACACCGCCCCUCCGUGAGUCCAAUGCCCAGCCACCCGGACCCCGAGAACAACCGGUUUCAGGACAGACAAGCUUCUCCUCGGUGCCCUGUAAAGGAAUAACUCAUUCUAGAAACACAAAGUACAGCUUCCACCACAGGAAGUGCCCCACUCCGGGCUGCGACGGAACAGGUCAUGUGACUGGACGCUUCACAGCGCACCACUGUCUGUCAGGCUGCCCACUGGCUGAACGCAACCAGGGUCGUCUGAAGACGGAGCUGUCUGAUACCGAGGGCCCUGGUGCCAAACGCAACCUGCUCAUGUUUGGCCAGCGAAACAAGAAGUCGCGCUACCAUGGCAGGAUUGGACGUCCACCCAAAUACAGGAAGAGCCAGCAGAGAACUUACCAGAGUAUGACCGUGGAGGGGGUGUACCCAUCCCUGUUCAUGUCGGCUCUCUCCGCUCACCCUGACCGCACUCUGUCCCUCUGCUGGGAACAGCACUGCAAACUGCUGCCAGGGGUGGCUGGCAUCCACGCCAGCAAGGUGGCCACCUGGACCGUGGAGGAGGUCUUCAGUUUCGUUCAGAACCUGACCGGCUGUGAAGAACAAGCUCGUCUCUUCAGGGAUGAGAUGAUUGAUGGUGAAGCUUUCCUGCUGCUGACGCAGGCUGACAUUGUCAAGAUAAUGAGCAUCAAACUUGGCCCCGCCCUCAAAAUCUACAAUGCCAUCCUCAUGUUCAAGAGCACCGACGAAGGUCUGAAGUGACCUAACUAGACCCGGAUGCGUUACAAUGUGCCAAUCAAGAAACCUCAUCAUCCAUGUGUUUGGUGUUAAGUUGAGCAACCAUGAGAGAGAGAGCCAGAGAAUGAAGGUCCAGCUGAGCUGUACUGGACCUGUGGGAUGUGUGUCAGGCUGUGUGUCUGUUGGUGGCGCAAGAUAAAAUCUUUCCUGCUAACAGUCUCACUGCUGCAUAGUACAGAGUGGUCAGCACCACAUGAUCUUUGAGAACAUUGAACUGUCCUAACAGGAAAUGCAUUUUCCACUGCAAUAAUGUCAGAACUAUCAAACUUCCCAGAGUAAUGUCAGGAAAGGUGAAGUGUCCUCCCCUGUGCCAUGAAGGAAGCUACACUAAAAGUUGUCUCAAUAUCAAGAAGGGUUGAGCUUGAACAAAUUCCAGUCUAUGGCCUAAAUAAUAGCACAGGUCUGUGAAUUUGUGCAUUUUAAAGGUUGUUCAAAAAGCACUUGUAUGUGGUCAAAAACCACUCAGGAACUUUAAGAAUAUGUUUACAUAAAUUGUAUUUUACCAUAAGAAUUCCUUAAGUUUGUAAAGCAAGGGUAUUCCCUAUGAUAUGUUCUGUUUAAAGGUCCUCUUUAAGGUGUAUAACAGGAUCAAGACUCUCUCUCUAAUGGGAACAGUAUUACUGUCUCAAGCUUUAUAGUUUGUGUGAUAUGAAGUCCUAAGUCAUCAAUAAAUGUUCUGUUCAUUCUUUUUUCAUUUCUCCUGAAUUUUGAUGUGCACCAAAAUCCAUAAAAUAAAGUUCCGUGGAAUGAUUGCAGAAUUAUAUUCAAAAUAAAUUAGGCUUGUAUUUU